AACAGCGACAUCUGUAAAGAUCAUUUUCACGUUGUCGUUGUGAUGAGAAAGAGCUGUCACUUUGCACGUUUUUCGAUAAAACGUUGAAAAGUAUGGUCAAUCAACACAGUAACCUAUUAUGAUUCAAAACUGCAAGUUUGAAUCUGCGUUGAUUUCAAUUUUCCGAUAGAUCAUUAUAAAAAUCAGCUGAUGUAAAGUGACCACUUUAUGACAGUAAAAAAUCUCAAUGUAAUGAAUGAAGAGCGCUUGUAAAUAGGAAAAAAACGCGCCCACCAAAUGCAAUAAGAUAGAAAUUCUUCUACUCAUGGUGAUCGCUGUCAGUAAUCAGAAAUAAAAAAUUCAGUAGUUUAUCAAAAACUACUUAGUGCUCAAGUUGAUGAUUUGUAAUUUCAUGUGUAUUCAAUUGAUUAUGAAGUAAAAUAUAUAACAAAAUGAGCAAGUACCAGAAAAAUUUAUUUGAUGAUGAGUUAGAUUGCCUUGGAGUAAUAGCAAGUCCAACACAGAAAAAUAAAAAUGACCGACCAGUGUCUUUAGUUGACAGUAUCCUUGAAAUAACAGAUCCAACUCCAAAUAUUCAUGCCCUUUUUGUGCAAUUUAAUGCCAAUUUUUUUUGGAGCAAAUUAUUACCAGUUCAAGUUAAAUGGAGUCCACGCAUGACAUCAUGUGCAGGAAUAUGUUCUUUUAAUCCAAGAAAUAGAGAAUGUAUCAUUUCAUUGAGUACCCCUUUGUUAAAAUUAAGACCAAGAAAAGAUCUUGUUGAAACUCUAUUGCACGAAAUGAUUCAUGCAUAUUUGUUUUUAACAAAUAAUGAUAGGGAUAGAGAUGGCCAUGGUCCAAAUUUUCAGAAUCAUAUGAGAAGAAUCAACAAUGCAGCAGGAACUAAUAUAACUAUUUAUCAUACAUUUCAUGAUGAAGUCAAGUUUUAUCAACAACAUUGGUGGAGAUGUAAUGGACCUUGUCAAAAUAGGGCACCUUUCUUUGGAACAGUUAGAAGAGCAAUGAAUCGUGCUCCUGGACCAAAUGAUUUGUGGUGGAAUGAGCAUGAAGCUACAUGUGGUGGUAAAUUUAUUAAAAUAAAGGAGCCAGAAAAAGUGGAAAAACCUAAAAAGAAAGCUGAUUUCAAAGAUAAAGUACCUAAUAAUAAAACUUUAGUUAAUUGGGUACAGAAAACUAAUAACACAAACAAAAAUACAUCAUCAGCAUCAGUCACAGCUCAACCACCUAAAAAAUCAUUUAUUCCUAAUCAAAGUAUAAUUAAUAAAGGAUCUAUUAAUAAAACUGUCAGUACUGUGACUUCUGGAGAUUUAAAAAAAUUAGGUAAUAGUACUAAUAAUGUCCAUGGUUGGGGCACAGGUGGCCCAAGUGGACGAUCCAGUGACUCAAGUAAUAGAUUUAGUACAAACGAUAAAGUUCCUUCAAAUAAAUCGGUUCCUCGGUUUUCUUACUCUGGAACUUUAGGAGGUUCUUCUACUGGGCAAAGUAUUCUUAUUCAAAAUAAUGUUACUACAAAAUCUUCAACAAAUCAAUCUAUUGACCUAGUUGAGACAAAUAAUUUAAAUGGACCCAGAAUAUCAAAUCAGAUAUCAAAAGUGGACAAUGUUAAAAUAAUUUUUGUUACAUGCCCAAGUUGUGAUGAUGAAGUGGAAGAAUCUAAAAUCAAUGAGCAUUUGGAUGAAUGUUUGCAAGAUGUGAAACCUAAAAAAAAACGAAAAGUCGAUGAAACAAGUACAGUUGAUUGUCCAAUUUGUUCAAAAACCUUAAAACCGGAUGACUUUAAUGAUCAUUUCGUGAAAUGUGCUGAAUUGCCUGAUUUUGUUGAUCUCACUUCUGGAACUCCUCUAAAAAAAGAAUCAAAUGAUUCUAGUUUUUCUAAAUCUGAAAGUUCUACCAAAGAAGAGAAUACUCCUCAUGUUUGUUUAAUUUGUAAUGUAAAACUAAAACCAAAUGAAAGUUUGAGUGAACAUUUAGAAGAAUGUACAUCUUCUUUAUUUGAUGAUGGUAGUUUAGACAGUUUUACAAUAAAUGAAGAAGAUUUAAAAAAUGCAACAAUCUUGGAUGAAUAUCCAUGUCCAGUAUGCAUGAAAUUAGUCAAAGAGUCAAAAAUGAAUGAACAUUUAGAUGUUUGCACCCAAACAUGAUGAAGUGAACAUAAAUUGUAUUGUUAUGUAUGUGUUGCCAUUUUUUGUUAUCCAUUUUAUAACUUCAAACUUUUUGUUUAGUAUUCAAUACAUAAUAAAUAAAAAUAUUUUUCUAUGACUCAAA